AUGGGCAAGAGUCUUGUCCCCGCGGCUCAAGCCUCCGCCACGCCGGAAAGUUCACCCAAAGCACCUAGAUUCCCUCCCGUUGGGAUGUACGGUGUAAUGCAGAUCAACCUCUCAGCUAUGGUCCAGCACCUCCAUGAUGAAGAUGUUCUGGCGAGGGCUUCCUGCGUUGAGAUGAAGAAGUAUCUUGUGUACAUACGCCAGUUCGGAGAACUUCCUUUCCACAGCAGUCCAUGGUGUCGCUACUCGGUUUCCUUCAUUGGUGCUACUCUACGGUCAGAGGAUCUAGCCAUAGGGAUCACGUCUGACAUGGUCGUCCCUAUCUUCCCAUGCUCUCUCUCGGGACGGCCGCAAGCUACUCCCUCACGACCGUUUCCCUUCCCGAACUGCUACCACUAG